UGUCAAGUUAUUGGCCCCUUUACGCAAAAUGUCGCAAUCUACCGAAAUAACAUUAAAUUCGCUUUUUGAUGAAGCUUAUAAACUUUUUGAAUCAUUUGACAAACGUGAUGAUCCCAGCAAUAGUUCAGAAUUUCAGCAAUCCGUGAAGAAAUGUAUAAAGAUGUUUGAGGAUUCUACCCGUCUUGUAAGCGAAUGCGGAAUGUUUAGCAAGAAUGAGACCUAUGAAGAAAUCUCAACAAAUGACCUAAAAUUUCUUCUACUGCCAUAUUUUCUUGCUCAGACAACAUUAAAAUUAUGCGUUCAAGAUCGUAAAAACAUAGUUGAUGUUGCGAAAAUAUAUUAUGAAGAUUUCUUGAAACGUUGUGAAGAAUAUGGUUUGUGUGAAAGAAGUUCAACAGCAGUUUCUAAAGCUACAGACAUUGUUGUAAGAGAUGAAAUGGCUCGUCUCACACAAAUGGCACAACAACGCAAUCAAAAACUUCAAAAAUAUCAACAAAAGAAAGAGUUAAACGAUCAAAUUAAACAAUUGAAAAUUGCUAUGGAACAUGACUUUUCUGAUGAUGAAAUUAAAAGGAAUUUUUAUCUUAAACUUAUCAAGCUUUGUGUGUGGGAAUCUCAAGAUGAGCUAUCAACAUUAGAUCAAGAAUUUGAAAUUUUAAAGCAUAUCGAAGGUCUUCGGAAACAUGAUCCCGAUUUCGAGAAGAGUUCAGGAAAUACUGCCAAGCAUCCUCAUACCCAAACACCUUUGAAACCAAUAAUAAUUACUAAAGAUGUGAUUCAAAAGGCUGUUUAUGGACUUGGCUAUCCAUCACUUCCAACUUAUACCGUCAAAGAGUUCUAUGACCAGCGAGUUGCUGAGGGAAUAUUUCCAAGUGAAGAACAGUUAAAAGCAAAGUCAUUACAAGGACGUGUUGAAAUCGACCAAGAAGCUGAACAAGCGCGAGAGGAAGAAGAAAAAGAAUUAAAAAUUGAUAAUGACGAUCCUGAAUAUCUCCAAAGAACUAGAAAUAUGGACGAAUAUAAAGAUGAUCAUCGUCGUGGAUAUGGAAAUCGAUACAAUAGAAGUUAAGCUGAUUAUGUUGAGUGUAAAUGUAGAUUUUCAUUUUUUCAAAUCCGAUUUAUUAAAGUUUUCUCGACACUUAAAGAAAGACGAUAUGAACCAUGCAUUGCCCAAAAUUUUUAUCCCAUUUCAAUGAUAAAAUAAAUAAAUAAAAAUGAAAAAGUUUGUGGAAGUAUAAAUUUGUUUAGUUUGAGAUU